UUCUUAAUCCUCCUACUCUGUAAGCUCCCGUUACAUCAUGAAUGUUAAUCUCACUGGUCCGGGCAUCUCCAAUGCAUCCUUGACAUCCUCCACGGAUACCAAGUUGGACGUGAGCAAGCUCAUGGACAUGCUUCAGAUCUUCUUCUACACAGUUCUGUUUCUACUUGGUUCCCUGGGCAAUGGAGCGGUGAUCUGGAUCACAGUCCGCCAGACUUCACGGACCAUCAGCUGUGUCUGGUUCUUCAAUCUAGCUCUGGCUGACUUUCUCUUCUCAGUCACCCGGAUUGUGCCUCUCUUGAAGAACGCUUUUAAUAGCGGGUGGCCCUUCGGAAGCUUCCUAUGCAAAGCCAACAGCUUCAUCAAGUAUCUCAACAUGUUUGGCAGCGUCUUCCUCUUAGCUGCCAUCAGCAUAGACAGGGCAGCGUGUGUAGCCUAUCCAAUAUGGACCAAAAGGCACCGGGGCAGUCGCUUGGCAUGGGUCGCUGCCAUCGGAGCUUGGUUAAUGGCCAUUGCCACAAGUGUUCCUUUCUACCUCUACCGCGGCAUAAAAAUUGACAAGUCUAACAAGACCAAGUGCUCCUUUGCCCUGGAGGGAAACGAAACUGCCAAACUGGCCAUCUACAUGUUGAGACUGAUUUGUGGGUUCUUGGCCCCUUUCGCCAUCAUUGUGAUCUGCUACGGCAUCAUCGUUGUGGUGCUGAGGAGACGGCGGGCUUCCAUCCGUUCCAAGAAACCCUUCAGGGUCAUCCUGGUUCUUGUGGUCACGUUCUUCCUCUGCUGGGCACCAUAUCACAUCUUCCAACUCCUCAAAUUGGCAAAGGUGGAAAGCCUAGGAAUUUCUAUUGGCCUCCCGCUCUCCUCCUUCCUGGCCUACCUCAACAGUUGUGUCAACCCUAUCCUUUAUUUUUUCAUGGGCAUGGACUUCCACCGAAAGCUGACUCUUUACAACAUGAGGGCGGCAUUCAGGAGAACCUUGUUCGAAGACAGUGGCACCUCAUUUAGGAGCAAAUACAGGAAGGAGAUGGCUUCUUCCACUGAUGAGAUACCUCAGUCUUCAGUGGUCCCUCAGAUGCAUCGCAAAACCUCAACCCUUCCAAGUUCAGUUUAGGAAACUCAUGUGGAUUAGGAACUCACGGGUGACAGGUGAAGAACAUAGACAUAGAACAU